AUGGCCCAAGGGCUAGAAGUGGCCCUCACAGAUCUCCAGAGCUCCCGGAACAAUGUGCGCCACCGCACAGAGGAGAUCAGUGUUGACCGCCUUGUUGUCCGCCGUGGCCAGGCCUUCAGCAUUACCCUGUACUUUAAGAACCGGGGCUUCCAACCAGGCAUGGACAGUAUCACCUUUGUGACUGAGACUGGACCCUUGCCAGACCUGGCCAAAGGGACACGGGCGGUGUUUAGCCUCACAGGCAGUGGUGGCCCAAGCCCCUGGAUUGCUUCCCUGGAGGCCAAUAGAGCCACCUCCCUGGACGUGAGCCUGUGCGCUCCUCCCAUGGCAGCCGUGGGGCGAUACCUCCUGAAAAUUCGCAUUGACUCCUACCAGGGUCCUGUCACGGCCUACCAGCUCGGGGAAUUCAUCCUGCUCUUUAACCCCUGGUGCCCAGGGGAUGCAGUCUACUUGGAGAGUGAGCCCCAGAGACAGGAGUAUGUUAUGAACGAUUAUGGCUUCAUUUACCAAGGGAGCAAGAGCUGGAUCCGCCCAUGUCCCUGGAACUAUGGGCAGUUUGAAGAGAAUGUCAUAGACAUCUGCCUGGAGCUGCUCGAGAAGAGUCUGAAUUUCCAGAUCGACCCAUCCACAGACUGUGCCCUGCGGGGAAGCCCCGUCUACAUCAGCAGAGUUGUGUGCGCCAUGAUAAACAGCAAUGAUGACAAUGGGGUGCUCAAUGGUAACUGGAGUGAGAAUUACGUGGACGGUGUCAACCCUGCAGAGUGGACGGGCAGCGUGGCCAUCCUAAAGCAGUGGCAUGCCAUGGGCUGCCAACCGGUGCGCUACGGGCAGUGCUGGGUCUUUGCCGCCGUCAUGUGCACAGUGAUGAGGUGCCUGGGGAUCCCCACCCGUGUGAUCACCAACUUUGAUUCUGGCCAUGACACGGAUCGGAACCUGAUCAUCGAUGAGUAUUAUGAUAACACAGGCAGGAUUUUGGAGAAUAUGAAGAAGGAUACCGUCUGGAAUUUCCACGUGUGGGAUGAGUGCUGGAUGGCACGGAAGGACCUGCCUCCUGGAUACGGAGGCUGGCAAGUGCUGGAUGCGACACCGCAGGAAACCAGCAAUGGUCUCUACUGCUGUGGCCCAGCUUCUGUCAAAGCCAUCAAAGAGGGGGAAGUGGAUCUAAACUAUGACACACCGUUUGCGUUUUCCAUGGUGAAUGCUGACUGCAUGUCUUGGCUUGUCUACGGAGGGAAGGAGCAGAAACUUCACCGGGACACGGCCACUGUUGGGAACUUUAUCAGUACUAAGAGCAUCCAGAGUGAUGAGCGUGAUGACGUCACAGAGAGCUACAAGUAUGAAGAAGGUUCCCUUCAAGAGAGACAGGUGUUUCUAAAGGCUCUACAGAAGCUAAAGGCUGGAAGGUCUCUAGGACCCCAUCAAGGAGACUCAAAUUCCUUCAGCUCCACGUCACGAAGGCAAAAUAGUCCUAGGAGCCUGGAUACACCUUCCCUUCGACCCAGCGAUGUCAUCCAGGUCUCUCUGAAAUUUGAGCUGCUUGACCCACCCAACAUGGGCCAAGACAUAAACUUUGUCCUGUUGGCUGUCAACCUGUCACCUCAGUUCAAGGAUCUCAAGCUCAAUUUGAGUGCCCAGUCUCUGUUGCACGAUGGCAGUCCCCUGGCCCCAUUCUGGCAGGAUGUCGCAUUCAUUACACUGUUCCCUGAAGAAGAAAAGACCUACCCUUGCAAAAUCCUCUACUCCCAGUACAGCCAGUAUCUGUCAACGGACAAGCUAAUCCGCAUCAGCGCCCUAGGUGAAGAGAAAAGCAGUCCUGAGAAAAUCCUGGUGAACAAGAUCAUCACCCUGACCUUCCCGGGCAUCAUGAUUAAUGUGCUAGGAGCAGCCCUUGUGAAUCAGCCACUCACCGUCCAGGUGGUCUUUUCAAACCCACUCUCAGAGCCAGUCGAGGACUGUGUGCUGACCUUGGAAGGAAGCGGUCUCUUUAAGAAGCAGCAGAGGGUUCUCAUCGGAGUCCUCAAACCCCAUCACAAAGCCAGCAUCACUCUGAAGACGGUGCCUUUCAAGAGUGGCCAAAGGCAGAUCCAAGCUAAUCUGAGGAGCAAUAAGUUUAAAGACAUCAAGGGUUACAAGAAUGUAUACGUUGACACCGGUGUAUAA